AACCAAUUUACGCGUCCGUCUCGAUUCGAGGUAUUCCUUCAAUGGGGGUCAAAUGGCUUCAUUGAAGUCCACACUACGUCCGCCGUCAACCCACCACAGCAGACAUCGGCGUGCUACCAAACUUCUAACCGCACCGAGGCGCAAUGGUGGAAGCCCACAGGACCCCUCGGCUAAGUCCGAGGAAGAAGAAGGCCCAGAAGCCGCUUGGGAAUGGCUUCUUCGGAGGGGGCAGACAAGCCUCGGCGAAGGAGGCGGCGCCCUCGAGCUCGAUCCCGUCAUCGUCGCCGUCCUUCGCCACUCCCGUCCACACGCUGCGGCCCUUCAACCCCCAGAAGCCGGCAGGGGCCGCCAUACUCCCCAUCCUGCUGCCGCCCGCGACGCUCCGCCCUCUCGCCUUCCGCACCUUCACCAAGAAGCACAGCCUGACGCUCGCCUCGUCCGCCCUGCAGGAGCUCGCCGCUUUCGUGGGUCGCCACUGCGGCUCCAGCUGGCGCGAGGAGGGGCUGGCCGAGCGCGUGCUCGAGGAGGUCGCCAAGGCCUGGAAGGCCCGCAACGGCGGCGUCAUCCUCGACGGCGCCAGUCCCGUGCUGAAGGACAUCCUCAAGAACAUCGAGGGUAACAUGAGCGGCGGCAAGAUCGUCGCCGGUGGCAAGACUGGCCUGUCACGCCAAAACAGCCUUCUACUGGAUUCUUCCAAGGAAACGGACCACUCGUCCACCACCCGCCUCGGUCUGCGGCCGCUGGCUGCCCUACAGCGUGAAGAUAGUCAAACGAGCAUGGGCAUGUCCGGCUUGGCCGUCGAGGAUGAGACCGACGACGACAAACUUGGCGACCCGCGACAGUGGCUGAAGAUGGUCGGAGCAUACGACCAACCCCGGAUGAUAUACAAUGUCGCCAAAAAGCACUUUGAGAGGGAUGCCUCCAAACCCUCGAUAUUACCACCGGCCUCGCACAAGACAGCCCUGUUCCGGAACCGAUACAACGUGAUCCACCAACGCCUCAUGCGCAACGAGGCCUUCCAGACAUCCGCCGUUGCUGACACCAAGCGAGGCUCCAAGCUGUCCCGCUCAGCCUCGACCGUCGCAUCGCCCCAGCAGUCGUACAAGAUUACUCCCGUGGCCAAUCUGCUCGGGCGCCACGGCACCCACCACAUGCUGCUGGGAAUGCUCGUUAUAAUGCCCGCCGGCGACCUGGCCCUUAGCGACCUAUCCGGCACUAUCUCUCUCGACCUCUCCCAGGCCGCCACCAUCCCCGACGACUCAGCCUGGUUCGCCCCGGGCAUGAUCGUGCUCAUCGACGGUGUUUAUGAGGAGGAGGACGACCGCCAUGGCACCCACACCGCGGGCAAAGGCCUGACGGGGAGCAGCGGUAUCGGCGGGACCAUCGGUGGACGUUUCCAGGGCUUCUUUGUCGGGCAGCCGCCCUGCGAGAAGCGCCGCGCCACUUUGGGAGUUAGCGGCCCCGAGGGCGACGGCCUCGAGCACACCAUAGGGGGUGGCUUCGGGUGGAUCGACUUCCUCGGCGUCGGGAGCGAGCGCGCCGUCGGGCCGCGCAUGCGCAGGCUAGAGCACCGCCUCCUGCGCCAGCCGCACAUGCAACGCGCUCGCCGACUGUUGGAGGACGACAUGUCACAGCCCGCGGCUGCUGCCUCCAUUAUACCGAGACGCGGACGCAUAGCCGUGCUCGGCGAGCUGAAUCUAGAUCAGCCCCGGGCGCUGCAGGCAUUGCGCAAGAUCCUGGCGACGUACGCCUCGGAGCCUGAAGAAGGUAUGGGUGAUGGCGGGGAGGACGAGGGCGGCGGAAGUGGCAGCGGUAACGGCCCCGACGCUAGCGCGGAUGCCGCCGCGAGGACAUGCGGAACCCCCAUGGCCUUCGUCCUGACGGGCAACUUCUCGUCGCAGGCGGUCAUGGCGCGUAACGGCGGCGGCGGCGCGGACGGCGGCGGCGGCGGCGGCGGUGGGGGCAGCAUAGAGUACAAGGAGUAUUUCGAUUCGCUAGCGGGCACGCUCGCAGAGUUCCCAUCCCUCCUGCGCGAGUCCACCUUCGUCUUCGUCCCCGGCGACAACGACGGCUGGGCCUCGGCCUUUGGCGCCGGCGCCGCCGUCCCCCUGCCGCGGAAGCCUGUCCCGGACCUCUUCACCUCGCGCGUGCGCAGAGCCUUUGCCGCCGCCAACGCGGAGGCCUCCGCUUCCGCCGCGCCGGGGCAGCAGCAGCAGCAGCAGCAAUCCUCAUCCGACUCGGCGCCCGGCGAGGCCGUCUUCACCACGAACCCGAGCCGCAUGUCGCUGUUCGGGCCCAGCCACGAGGUCGUGCUCUUUCGCGACGACAUGUCGGCGCGCCUCAGGCGGUCCGCCGUGCGCUUGAAGACCUCGUCGGCCGCUGCCGCGGGCAAGGAAGACGGCGACAUUAACAUGCCCGAGUCAACGGGUCGUGAUGGUGAUGACAAUAAUGGUAAUAAAAAUGGCAAACAGACCGAGCCAGGGGACAUGGACGUGGACAUGGACGGACAAGACAAGGACGGCGGGGACAAGGCCGUUCCCGUCGCCACCACCACCGAGGCGGACGUGCGGGCGGCGCAAAAGCUGGUCAAAACGCUGCUGGACCAGGGCUACCUCGCCCCGUUCCGCACCCAGGCCCGCCCCGUGCACUGGGACCACGCCUCGGCCCUGCACCUGUACCCGCUCCCCACGGCCAUGGUGCUGGUCGACGCCACGGCCCCGCCCUUUUGCGUCACGUACGAGGGCUGCCACGUCAUGAACCCCGGCCCGCUCCUCGCGCCCGGCCGCAGGGGCGUCGCGAGGUGGAUCGAGUACGACGUUGGCCGGAAGGGCUGCCUGAAGGAGUGCCUAUUCUAGUGAUUGUCACGUAUUUGUAUAUCUGGGGUGAUGUCUUGUUUUUCGCAUUUCAGGCUUAGGCUGUUUCUUUUCAGAUUAUAAGUGAAGUGGCGGCCCGUUGUAUACAUUUGGAGCAAGAAAAGGCAAAGCAUGGCGUUUGGAGGUUAUUCGGUAGGUUAAACUUGAGAAUUUUGCUUCUGGGUUCGGGAGCCCCCUACCCAAUACUCUUGAUCUUCAUUCACGUUGGUGAAUUUGGUAAGAAGUCUUCCUCUAAGGGCCAUGACGACGACUUUUUCUUGAGUAGUGUGGCCGUAAGAGAAUUAGCUGAUAACCAUCCUAACCUAAGUAAACGUUGAGUGUUGGUUUGUUCGCUAUCGGCACAAUGACCAUAGCUUCCUUCCCUUUG